AUGGCAUUAACAUUGUCUAGUAAUAAUUUUGAAGUGAACAUUCAUCCCGUGGCUUUGUUCAAUAUUGUUCAUGCUUAUGAACGUCGAAGUGAAAAAUUUGAUACCAUUCUUGGAACUUUAUUAGGUACACGUACAGCUGAUUCAAUCGAAGUUGUCGACAGUUUUGUUGUACCACAUUCAACACAUAGUGAUGCUCUUUAUAAUGUCGAUUAUGCAUCAACAAUGGCAAGUUUUUAUCGAAAAGUGAAUUCGACUCAAACAACUGUCGGAUGGUAUUCAACAGGUUCCGAUAUGAUAUCAGGUGCAAAUUUAAUUCAUGAAUUUUAUACACAUGAAACACGAAAUCCAGUAUAUAUACUUCUUGAUACAAGUUUAAAAAAUGAUUCAAGUUUUCAAAUAAAAGCAUAUAUGGGAGCUCCUUUUGGUGUUAAAGAUAAAGAUAAAUUAAAACCACAUGGAACUAUAUUUACACCAAUACCUGUUCGUAUUGUUACUUAUGAUGAAGAAAAAGCAGCAAUCGAUCUAUUUCAAGCUGGAAAGUUUAGUAAAAAUUUUCAAGUUAAGCCACCUGGUGAACUUGAUCAAGUUCAAGUUGCUUUGGACAAACUUUUAUUUAUGCUUAAACAUUUAACAACAUAUGUUGAUGAUAUUAUAUCAGGUAAAAAACCAUCCGAUCCAAAAAUUGGUCGUAUGUUAAUGACUUUAAUAAAUACCGUACCACGGGUUGAUGCUAAAGAUCUUGAAAACAUGGUUAAUACAAGCAUGAACGAUCUUCUUAUGAUUCAAUAUCUUUCACAAGCAGUUAAGGCACAAUUAGUACUCAAUGAAAAAUUAACAUCAACAUAA